UCUUCACUUUGGUUCACCUUGCUUCACCCUGCAUCAUGGAUCUCCGUCUCUUUCUAAAUUUAUUUGCCGUCUUUCUCUACAGUACUGCUGUAAUUGCGCAGAGCUCUGAUGAAGCAGCGCGACCAGGGAAGAAAAAGAGUGUGGUAUUCAUACUCACCGACGAUCAAGACCAACGCAUGAACUCUCUCGACCACAUGCCCGAGGUUCAGAAGCUCCUUAUCGAUGAGGGAACUUGGUACCAGCGACACUACGCACCCACUGCCCUUUGCUGUCCCGCCCGCGUCAGUAUCUGGACAGGCCUCCAUGCCCACAAUCACAAAGUAACUAGUGUGCACGGUAAAUGGGGUGGAUGGCCGAAAAUUCUACAGCAGGGUUUGAACAGCAAGUAUCUCCCGAUCUGGCUAAGAGAAAAUGGGUACAAAACCUACUAUGCAGGAAAACUGUACAAUGGCAUGAGCGAAAAGAACGGAGUGGAGACGACGACGGCCAGAGGCUGGACAGAUGCUCAACUCCUUUGCGGAGCUUCGACGUAUCAGUACCACGACCCGCCUUUUCAGCACGUUAAUGAGACCAAUUGGAACAACCCACACAAGAUCAACAAGAAUUUCAAGGGCAAUUACAGCACCACCAAAGUGGCGGAUUUCGCUUACGAGUACCUUCGGGAAGCAGUAAAGCAUGACGACCCAUUUUUCUUGGCCAUUGCACCAAUCACACCACAUGUCCAGGUUGGCAAAGAUAAUGGUCCACCAGUACCGGAAAAGAAGUACAAGGGAACACGCCCCGACGCUCAAAUCCCCCAAACUGAUAAUUUCAACCCAGGAAAAAGGUCCGGCGUCAACAAGGUCUGGCACCUCGAUCGCCUAAACGACCAAAAGACCAAGCUGCUAAACGAGCACUAUCAAGACCGCACGGAAGCCCUGCUCUCAGUCGACGAUAUUGUAGCGCAAGUCCACAAGAUUCUCAAGGAUAACAACAAGCUCGAUGAUACAUACAUCAUAUACAGCAGUGAUAACGGGUUUCACCUCGGUCAGCAUCGCCUCGGGGCGGGUAAAAAAUUUGCUUUCGAGGAGGACACAAACGUUCCGCUCAUCAUCCGAGGGCCUGGCGUUCCAAAAGGCAGAAAAACGUCGAUAGUGACUGCCCACGUAGACCUCUCGCCCACGAUACUGGAGAUGGCGGGAAUGAAGCAGCGCGACGAUUUUGAUGGGAGAAAGAUCCCAAUCACUGACGGCGAUCUCGACCAGCGAGAGAAGAGCGAUGCCGAUGAAUACGCGAAUGUUGAGUUUUGGGAGGGCACAUCUUUCGGCUUCAACACGAUUCAAGGCAAAAACGUGACCGGUAAGUUCGUUAACGCGUACAAGUCUCUCCGUCUCGUCGGGAAGAGUUAUGAUAUCUCGUAUAUAAUCCACUGCCACAAUAAUGCGCACGAGCUCUACGAUCUCUCCAACGACCGCGUGCAAAUGGAAAACCUACACCCCGCGGCUCCCGCGCCUGAGAGCGAACAAAACGCCUUUGAAAGCGGAACAAACACCUUGGCUGGCUUUCCAAUACAGAAACUCCUUCAAAGAAUCGAUGCCGCCCUCUUGGUUCUCAAGUCAUGCAAGGGAGACGAGAUACUCUGCCAUAAGCCUUGGGCGCAGUUACAUCCCCAGGGGAAUGUGAACAGUCUUCGAGAUGCUAUGAAUACCCGGUGGGACGAAAAGUACGAUGACCUGCACUCUAACUAUAAAGUUGGGUUUACGCAGUGUUACAAGAACGGCAAGAUCGAUGUCGAGGCUGAGGGGCCGCAGUGGACGAAAACGGGGCCGAAACCUGGAAACCAAAACUUGGUAUCCUUCACCAACGAAAACGAUCCUGAUAAAUGGGCUGUUUCAAGCAACGACACAGACGUCGAUGAGAAAUGGACAGUAGGGAAAGAUGGCGAAGAAGAGGGCUGGUGGGAUGAUUGGGAGUAA